AUGGAGGAUGAUUUGUUUGAUGUGUACCAACAUGUUGAGUCUGAUAAGGAAUUAUGGGAGUCUUUGGAGAGCAAAUAUAUGGUGGAGGAUGCUUUUAGCAAGAAGUUCCUUGUAAGUAAUUUCAAUAAUUUUAAGUUUGUUGAUAGUAGGUCCAUCAUGGAUCAAUUUCAUGAGAUACAACGUAUUUAUGGUAAUUUGAAACAACAUGGAAUUAAUGUUCAUAAACUAUUUGUUGUUUCAAGUAUCAUUGAUAAGCUACCUACUAGUUGGAAAGAUGUGAAACAUGAACUUAAAUACAAAAAGGAAGACAUAUCUUUGUCUGAUUUGGUUAUCCAUCUUCAAGUUGAAGAAGGGAUAAGGGGCAUGGAAAAUGCUAAGGAUGGGAAUCCUAGCACUUCUACCAUUAAUGUGGUGGAAGAGGGUAAAUCUAGUGCUUCAACUAGUGGAAAAAGGAAGAAUGAUGAUGACUCAUGGUGGAUGGAUUCGGGGGCUUCAAGGCAUGUAUGUAAGGUGAAGCAUUGGUUCAAAACCUUUCACAAGGUUGUUGAUGGUGAAGAGCUCUAUAUGGGGAACAACUCUUCCAUCAUGGUCCAAGGAAGAGGACAAGUUGAGCUAAUGUUCAGUUCGGGCAAUGGUAUCAUUCUUAGGGAUGUACUAUAUGCUCCAGAUAUCUCUAGAAUCUUGUAUCAGGCCCUACCCUGA